UGGCUUUACAUGAAGCAAUCACUCUCUUUAACAAAAUAUCCACAUUUACUCAUUAAUAAUGGCGGGGAUCAGCUCUUGUUGCUCUUCCGCACUCUCUUCUCGAAGCAAUUUGGGUACAUUUUCAUUAAGGUUUAAUAAUACUCGUCGCGAUGGAACGCCAAGAAUUUUGCGUACGAGUUUAAGAGUUAAUGCAGAAAUUGAAUAUGUCAAUGCUGAAGAGGCAAAGCGACUUGUAGCAGAAGAAGGGUACUCGAUUGUGGAUGUUAGAGAUCGAACUCAAUAUGAAAGAGCACACAUUAAAUCAUGUAAACAUGUUCCUCUUUUUAUCGAAAAUACAGACAAUGAUCCAGGAACAAUAGUCAAGAGACAACUGCAUAACAACUUUUCGGGUUUAUUUUAUGGAUUGCCAUUUACUAAGCCCAAUACAGAAUUCGUGCAGACAGUGAAGAACCAGUUCUCGCCUGAUAGUAAAAUUCUAGUAGUUUGCCAGGAAGGACUAAGAUCUGCCGGUGCUGCAAACAAGUUAGAGGCAGCUGGAUUUCAGAAUAUAGCAUGUAUAACAUCAGGACUCCAAUCUGUAAAACCAGGAUGGUUUGAUGUUGAGGGUUCUACUGAGUUACAAGACGCAGGUAAGGCUGGUUUGGUACAAGUGCAAGGCAAGAUCUCAGCUGUUCUUGGAACCGUACUCAUUUGUGCGUAUCUUUUCAUAACUUUCUUUCCAGAUCAAGCAGAGAAGAUCAUUGCACUUGUUCCUUCGAGUUAGCAAUUGCAGAGUGAGAUAAAAAGUUUUGCACUCAUGUUAUUUGUCUGAAUGAUGAUUUGAGUCAAGUAAGAUUCUUGAAAACAUAGAUCAUAUGUGAUGAUAGAUUUGCAGAUUUAGUUAUGACUGAUCAUUUAUUCAACAUGUGCAGUUAAUAAAAUUUCUUGGUUAUUGAUC